UUACAAGAAAAUUUUCUAAAACUAAUCCCGCUUGAUAAACAAGCCGAAUUAAAAGUGACCAGCACUCGCACGCUCUUCGAUUGAUUCUUUGUCUCCUCCUCAGAAGCGAGAAUUUGGCAAUCUAUUCGGAGCUUUUCUCUGCAAAAUUUUAGUGAUCUGAAAAGUGGGAGUGAGUGAGAGAGAGAGAGAGAGAGGGGGAGAGUGACACAAUGACUCGGUACCACCACGACCCCAAUCCAUUUGACGAGGAGGAGGUCAAUCCCUUCUCGAAAGGAGCUGCCGCUCCUGGAUCAAAGCAAAGCAUUCCAUCAUUGGGACCUGAAACCCUGGGCUUUGGUCAGAAGCAUGAUGCGACGGUGGACAUACCGUUGGAUACAAUGAACGACUCUAAAAACAAAGAGAAAGAACUUGCAGCUUGGGAAUCAGAUCUCAAAAGGCGGGAAAAGGAAAUAAGACGGAGAGAAGAUGCUGUUGCUAAAGCUGGUGUCCCUAAUGAUGAUAAAAACUGGCCUCCAUUUUUUCCAAUUAUUCAUCAUGAUAUAACCAAUGAAAUACCGGUCCAUGCUCAAAGCUUGCAGUAUCUGGCUUUUGCAAGUUGGCUAGGCAUAGUUCUUUGUCUGGUUUUUAACAUGAUCGCUGUGAUGGUGUGCUGGAUCAGAGGCGGGGGUGUCAAAAUUUUUUUCCUUUCCACAAUCUAUGCUCUACUUGGAUGCCCAAUGUCAUAUGUGCUAUGGUACAGGCCUCUGUAUCGUGCUAUGAGGACGGAUAGUGCUCUGAAAUUUGGUUGGUUUUUCCUAUUCUACUUGAUUCACAUUGGGUUUUGUAUAUUCGCUGCCAUUGCACCUCCAGUUGUCUUUCAUGGGAAGUCGUUGACGGGAAUUCUAGCUGCAAUUGAUCUCUUCAAUGGUCAUGUAAUGGUUGGGAUAUUUUACUUAGUUGGCUUUGGCUUAUUUUGCUUGGAAUCUCUUCAAAGCUUAUGGGUACUUCAGAAAAUUUACAUGUAUUUCAGGGGGAGUAAAUGAUGGGAUUCUGGGUUUUUGUGAUCCAUCUUGAAUCAUACAAUACCGUUGCUUCUCAGGGGUGGCUCAGUAUAUUCUUCAAUCUACUAUUUACAUUGGUUUCUUUGUGAGUUGAUUCAAAGAUUUGCAUGUUCUAAUGAUCCCAACUACCCAUAUAUAUGUAUAUAUAUUGAUUCAUUCUAGGACUGCCACCACCGGAUUGGAAUGCCACUUUGGGGAUCUUCUUGAAAUCAAACUAGAUAACAUUGAUCCGACA